GUUUCAAACUACGGCUGAUCGUAGAGGCAGAAGGAGAUGAUUUUUGAUUUCCAACGGAACAGGAGGAGCGUGGAUCUGUGCCUUUGAGCCAAUAAUAAGGAGAAGGGACGGGCAAGAAGCUCCCGCGGAUUUGGAAAAACCGGUAGGAUUUUGAUGGAAUUAGAAGCAGGAGAAAAAUAGAUUCUCUGAGAGAGAGGAAAAAAAAAAAAAAAAGAAAAAAAAAAGUAACCUAAGCGGAAAAGAAAAAGGCAGGGCGUCCGGGAAAGGAUUUUUUUUUUAAUUUUUUUUUAAAGAAACUAGUUGAGGAGAGCUUAGUCGCCGAGAGAGAGGGCAGGAGAAAAGAGCAGAAACACAGUAAAUUCGAGUGGAAAAGAGGCCUUAGGAAGAUUUUGUGGGUUUCCAAUCUGGUCUCUCUUAGGUCAACAAGAUAAAAUUUAUGGGCUCCUCGUUGCUCACGGUUUCUACGGCUUGUUCUUCUGCAUUUGGUUAAUUCACUUUCAAUUUGGUCCUAUCUCGUUCAACUUGUUAAUUCCACCGCUAUCUGGUUCAAACUGGAAAGUAUGUUUGAAUUUCGUGCUGGUAAAAUGUUUUUGGAGGGGACACGAGUUGUCCCUGACACACGCAAAGGGCUUGUCCGCAUUGCGAGGGGCGAAGAGGGUUUGGUACAUUUUCAGUGGUUGGACCGUGCCCAAAAUGUUGUUGAAGAUGAUCAAAUUAUCUUUCCUAACGAGGCAGUUUUUGAGAAGGUUAAUCAAGCUUCAGGAAGGGUUUAUAUUUUAAAGUUCAAUACUGAUGAUCGCAAGUUCUUCUUUUGGUUGCAGGAGCCUAAAGCUGAUGAUGAUGCACAGCUGUGCACUUCUGUCAACAAUUACAUUAAUCAACCGCUAGAGUUCCUUGGUGAAGAAGAAGCUGAUGCUUCUGUUCCUCUGCAUGCACCUGAGGAUGUGGCUGAAGAUGAUGUCUCUUCGAGAGCUGGAAACUUGGUUUUGCCAAAUUUAGGUACAGAAGUGAUUAGUGAUGUAACAUCCUCAUCAGGACCAGUUAAAAUGGAAGACCUCCAAAGAAUAUUGAGCAACAUUGGAGCUGCAGGUGUUGCUGGAGAUCCAGAUGGAGGAUUGGGAUUAGGGGAUAUCUUGAAGCCAGAUUUAAUCAUGCCAUUGAUUGAGACAUUACCCCUUCAAGAACAAUUAGCAUCAUACCUACCUGAGGGUCAAUGGACUCCAGAGGAUAUAUUAGAGCUGCUGCAAAGCCCUCCUUUCCGGCAGCAAGUGGAUUCAUUUACUUAUGUACUUCGAACUGGACAAAUAGAUCUAUCUCAGUUUGGCAUUGACCCUAGCAAAUACAAGUUCACAGUUUUGUCUUUCCUCGAAGCACUUGAAGAUUCUGUUUCCAAGAUGUCUGAGGCUGAGGGAUCCAGGCAGGAUGAGAAGGAUGUAAGACCACAAUCAUUUAAUCAUAAUGAUCCCAUGGACGAGAAUUAGUGAGGUACUAAUCGUGCUUGGGAGUCGGGCUUUUGACCUUUUUUAUUGUUGGAGUCAUGGAGAGAAGAAAUACCAAAUAUCACAUUCAUUUUGUAGUUACAUGGUGGGAAAGGAAAUCAUCUAUUAGCUGAAGGAUGAUGGUGUGUACACAAGGGUAUAACUUUAUAUUUUUUCCCAUAAACCAGACUAGUGUAAUUCAUUGUUUAAAGUCAUUAAUUUGGUUUUUGGUAUUCUCAACGUUGUGGAGGGUCCUGGCUUUUAUUCUUAACGUAACUUCUUAGACAUUCAUUCAUUCAUUCAUGGUGAAACUUCUGUUCUUUGUAAGAAAAAGAUGGAUUCUAUAUAUUGACUUGGGUGGUGUUUGGUGGGUGAAA